GAAUCUAAGAGCCUCCUUGUCCUGAUCGACGAAGAACACGUAGAAUACCCUUCCGAGGUUGCAAACGCACUACGAGACGCUCGGAAUUAGAAAUAGAGAGCUUCUUCGCUCAUAAUUGCCAAAAGCAAUCGUCGGAAACAUCGAGUUUUGGUAGCGCAAGUUUUCCACUUCCAACCGCCAAUCCGCUUCCAUGGCGCCUCCAAACUACGGAAGUGCUUCGCCAUCCACAUCCUCGGCCACGAAAGCUGAAACGAUGGACUUUCAGCCUUCGCCGAGUUCCACCGAACGUCCUUCUACAGAAAACCUUGACGAUUCCAACAUAAAGGAGACGGAACAGCGCCGCCUCAUCCAGCAUCAGGAAUCUUCCUACGAGAUCCAAUUGCAAAGCUUCCAGCGCACUGAAAAGGGAGAAACUUACACCGAACCCACAAAGAAUCAGAUCCGGAACCUCACCUGUUGGUUGGCAUCUCUCCUCUUCCUCGUGGCCGGACUUGUGUGGUUGACGGUGGUUGCAAGGUCGCAUUCAACAUCCGCGUCGCCGUCCUCUUCCAGCAACGAUGCACAUGCAGAUGUUCCUUCAACACGUGUCCCUCUCUCGACCUUGCAUCCGGUGAAGGAUCUAGGACUUUUUGAUUUUCAAAGACCUGAAAGCUCUCGUCCUUCAAGUGGACUCAUGAGUAGUACUGGAGAUAGUGACAACUCCCAAAAGUCGAUUCCAACCAAUUCUUGGUACCAAAGUUUUCUCAUGCUCGACGAUGAACCUACGGACCUGCAUCGUGCGUAUACAAUUCCGUAUGUGAUCGACGCGGUUGGUCCGAUUGCUGGACUUCGAGCUCAUCCGAACCAUAUUCUUGCGUCGUCGACGGUUGUGCAGCUGAACGUUGUCGAGCAGUACGGUCUCACAAUCGGUGCCUCCAUUGACGCCACACAACAGGUUGACGACGAGCCCACACGUCGUUACAAGGUCGGGAAAAUGUCAAACCUUGGUGUCACGCUACACUGGACCCACUUUCCAAUGUCUUCACCGAUCGUUCGGGGUAUGCCAUAUACAACGAUGCGGUACGAAAAAAUCGAGAAGACAAACAAAGCCGGCCAUAUGUUAUAUCCAACUAUCGCGUCCGAUAUUCCACCAAAGGGUGACUUGAAGGUCGAUGGCGAUGGAAUGCUUUCUUGUGGAACCUCGACGAAGCCUAUCAAGGUCGAGCGCGAAAUCGAGAUUCUCUUUGAGCAGAGUGACUUCAGUUGGCUUGUCUUUGUCUCAGAGCCGGCAUUUGUGCAAUGCGUGACCGAGGAUAACGGCAAAAUGCAGCUGCAAGUGGUUGGUAGGGUGAAACCCCAAAGUGAGGGCCACGACAUGUCCCGGCCGUUUUACAUUCGUGCCGCGAUCUACCAAGUAUGUACAACAGGCCGCGAUCCGAUAUAUUGUCAUCAGAAACAAAUGCAUCCUACAGCUCUGCACAUUGGACAAGGAGAGUAUGGGGAUCUGCUGCGAAAGAACGGGCACUUGUUCCCUGGUGAAGACACUUCAUUUGACUACGAAGUCGGACCAAGUAAAGAAGUCGCAGUUAUGAAGUUCAAUUGGGAUUGUCAAGACAUGACGAAUGGUACUUAUCAGUGGAACGGAAAUGGCACGGAACCAGACCUCAUGGUUUUCGCUCUUCCUCAUCAUUGGGACAUGAUGCACGAUGUCGUGAAUUCUCCAGGUGAUUCUAUUUACUGUGCGCAUUCUAUCAUUGGCCCAGCAUGUCUUGUUGCCGGGGGAAACUGGGCCCUAGUCGAGGCUCUACCAAAUAUAACUUUACGAGCUAACCGACGACCUGCUCCCUGGUCGAUUGAGCUUCUCGCGAACAGCCUUGAGAAAGAUAUCCUGUAUACUUUACCUCAUUUCUUCCAGCGCGGAGCAGGAGAUACCUAUUUCUCCGGCAAGAUGCUCGCUAAGCUUGGUAGGAUCCUUUUGAUAAAUGAAGAACUUUCGGAAAUGUGCAAGUCUAUUGCGAGUAACAAGCAGAAAUUAACCUUCGAUGACGCUUACACACUUGAACAGUACUCUGAUGCAUGUGAAGGAGCCUCAUUUCCUACGGAGGAUGUUACGUCUAACGCGAUAUCGUCCUUGCGAAGUUCGGUUGAGAUAUGGAUCAAUGGUACAGCAGAAACUCCAUUUGUUUUUGACAGUUCUUGGGGCGGUGUUGUGAGUUGCGGGUGCUUGUUCGAUGGUAAAGUAUGCAAGAACGAGUUUCCUGACUGCCCAUCUUUCUCUGAUCCCGGUUUGAAUUUCGGAAACGCAUUCUACAAUGACAUGCACUUUCACUAUGGCUAUCAUAUUUAUGCUGCCGCUGUCGUGGCCCAUUUCGAUUCGGAGUGGGGAAGUGAGUUUUUUGAACGGGUUCUGCUCCUAGUCCGCAGUAUUGCAAACCCCACAGACGAUGACGGCGCAUUUCCGAAAUGCAGGCAUAAGGACUGGUAUCAGGGGCAUUCUUGGGCGAGUGGUAUCGUUAACCCUCCUUUUCGAAAUGGAAGAAAUCAAGAGUCUUCGAGCGAAGCUAUUGCUGCCUAUGAAUCAGUCGCCUUGUUUGGAACCGUAAUGGCCAAUAUUUUCAGAACUGACUCAUCAACUGAGCAGCUGCGUUCUGCGCUGGAAGUAGAAAAUAUUGGACGCCUACUUACGGCGACUGAAAUUCGUUCAACAAACCGAUACUGGCACGUGUCUUUGGAUGAUAAGGUCAAAAUUUUUCCGUCUGAGUUCACGGCUCGCGUUGUCGGAAUACUUUGGCAGGCUAUGGCACAGUUCCAGACCUGGUUCGGUAGCAAACCCUUCCUCGUUUAUGGCAUUCAGCUUCUACCGUUGACUCCCAUAUCUGAUUAUCGUGAUAGUAUUAAAUGGAUGAAAUCAAUUUACUAUCCUUUGGCCCAGAGCUGCGAUUCUGAUUCUGACUGCGAAAAAUCGGGCUGGUCCAUCCUGGAGCUGGCCGUACUGGCAACUGUUGGUCACCAGAAUCUUGCUACUGAACGAGCGUUGAAAGUUCCCUCGACAGUUUUCGAAAGCGCUGGAGGAAAUGGUCAUUCUCUGACAAACACACUGUGGUUUAUUGCAACUCGAGAGCAGCUCACAGAGCCUCUUCCACUGAAGGAGGGACAGACUGCGCCGGAUACCGAAAAUGACAAUCUUCCUGUCGAGUUUGACUUGGUUGAUUGUUACAAACCGGAAAGCUGUACGGAGUACGUUUUAGAUACGAUCGUCGAUAGCUACACUUGUCGUCAGCGUAUCCAAUGGCUUAUGAAUAAUCUCGGGAAGUCACAGAAAGACGCAUGCGUUCAAGUCGCGUCUCUCGAGUAUUAUGACGUUUGCGGAAAAUGCAAUCCUUACGCUGAGACUAAACCCAAAGAGGAUUCUGGCUCAGAAAGCUCUAUUUGCCCACCUUGCUCUCUGGAAGAGUGCAGCAGUGAUCUGAAUCGAUGUCCAACAUACGAGCACACUUAUGUCUGCUCAGCAGGUAUGAAUCGCGGCGGCUGUUUGAGUUAUAAUUGGGAUCUCGAGAGUGGCGAAUGCAAUGCUUGCUGCGAGCUAACGAAUUGCCUAUCCGUGAAACCUGUCGUGCUCGAGAUGAAAGACAAGGUCAAUGAAAAAAGCGACGAUCGCUGCCCCUCCUGUUCCGCUGAAGUAUGUCGCAAUUCAAAGAUCCAGUGCCCUUCGGACUUUUCGGCGCCAUAUGUCUGUUCUGAGGGCGAAAGUUUCGGUGGAUGCUCGCCUAGACCUUGGUCGCUUGAGAAUAAGCAAUGCAAGAAAUGUUGCAAGCUGUUCCCUGCCUGCGAUGAGUAAAGUAGUGAUUCUCUCACAUCAGUCAAGCUUCGGCCCUUGGCAUGCUGUGGAAAAUGGGUGUUUGGGACGAAGAUUUCUACAGCAUAUUUUUGGAAGUAAGAACAACUCUAUAAUACCUGCACUUCAAACAACG